AUGGCGUACGACCGAUUUCUCGAGAAGGACGAAAGCAGGGCGGAAACAAAAGAGGAAGAACUUGGCCGCCUUCGAGGCCUUCUCGCAAGUGUCUACACGCCCUGGCUUGUCACGAUGAACAAAUCAGACCCGCGAAAAGCAUAUGUAUGGAGGCACAUGCGAGAAGAUGAGGUUGACAUCUACCGACUUGAUGAUCACGUCUGGUUGUGGACAUGCCUUGAGGAAAUCGAAGCCUUACGUAUUCGACAAGGGUUGGACCCUCGCAAAGCAGCACUGCUUAUUGACGACGAUGAAGAUGACAACAGUCGACCUCUAGAUGCGCAAAGAGGACUACUACAGCGCUUCACAACCGAGAACGAAGUUUCGCAACAGCGCAUGCUAGCAGUUACCAGAUCACACAGAGAGACACGUUUCUUGUUUCACGCUCGUGACACUGCUCUAUUUUAUGCUCACGAUUGGAACUUUUUUCAAUUGGAUAAGUCUUUUGAUGAGCUCUGGAAGAGGACGAUCAAGUCGCAGUCCCACCACAACGAGAAUGCCGAUCACGAGUGGGAGAAUGUCCUCAGAUUCGGCAUGGCUAUUGUUGCCGGCACGAGGAAUUUUCCGAUCAACAAGAAGAGUGCAAACGACCUCUUGAGAGACUCCUUCAAAGCUCUUGUUCAGGCAAGCUGCCACAAUGGUUUGGUUGCGGGGCAGGUUGAUGCAUUAUCUCGGAAGCCCUCAUUCCCAAACUAUUCCUCUGAUGAGGACAGACAGUAUUAUCACCAAGCUGGGUUCGAAAUUUGUCACAUUCUCCUCUUACAUGCAAGGCGCAUAGAAGCCACAUUAGAACCUCAACUCGAGGUAAACGACCAACUUCGGCAGAUCUUCCUGACACAGCCGAAGCGGCAAGGGAUCGGAGCCGAACAGCCUGCGAAUAAACUUGAAUUGAUAUUGAAACUCCUGGACAGUGAUGGACGCCUGGGUGGACAGCGCAGCUUGACGAUGAGAAAGUCGACGCCAUUCAACAGCAUGAUAGACGCCAGCAGCAUCUCUCUUCUAGAUGAAGAGUGGCUGUAUAAGUAUCCAGACUUCCUCAUGACUAAGAAAAUUGAUCUCCCACAACUCCUCAAGUCUCUUGAAGCCAAGAAAUCAUUCGAGUCUACAGCGGAAACGAUCGGCACGAUCGUUGGCAAAGGACUCGAGCAAAUGUCUCAAACCCGCUCGAACACGUUAGAAUACGGCGAGCUACCUGGAUGGUUCAUCUAUGAAGACAUUUAUGGUCCAAUUACUUUUGUAGCAAGCACGCCGAAGCAAAAGCACUUGAAGAGAAGACAGAAUCUACCACAAUUUUGGCGUGGAGAGUCAACUGCCCUCGGGAAUACAGGCCUAUGGAUGAGGAUCUGUGGUGCCCGGUCAGCAGAAACUGCCAAGAAGCGCUUCGUGUGGCUGCCGCAUACCAAUAUAGAGACAUCACUUCUCUGCUGGUCGGCAAGCAGCGACUCAGACAAGUCUGCGGUAUCCCUCUUCUUCGACCGCCAUUCUAGGUAUGAGAGCCACUUGUGGGAUGAUACGACGCUGGUUUUGAAUAUCUGGCAGACGAAGAUACACAUGAGAUUCUUCGUGCUCGCCGACAAGGCGCGAGCACAACAUAUUGGGCUCCCAGCCCCUAGCAGCGCCCCUUUCCCAGGUACCUCAGAGAAGGAGAUACGACGUGCGUCGAUGGGAUUUCGAUUUGAUGGCGACCUUUUCGACCGUUAUUGGACUUGUCAUUUCAUUCAAUAUUUGCCAAAUCUCAGGCUCAAGAACGAUGACCGCGACGUUGUCAACCCUCAACGUUCUUGGGACUUUGAGUUUUAUACGGAUGGCUCCAACAGGCCACAAGAUAAGCACUGGUGGCAGCGUAAAGUCCUCGAGCUGCAUCUACUGCAUCGCAUGUUGAGUGCUGCUGUCGCCGGCUCGGUGGAUAUUUUGACGCAGAUCAGAAAAGAGCUUGGAAUUGGAGAGAGUGCCCUGUCCUUCUCCAUACUGAACAGCCAGGCGCACUCAAGAUCCAGACACAGCUGGCAGGAGUACGAGCAUAUUCUCCAGGCCGCGGAGGAGGACUUGACGUCUAUCCUAAAAACCCUGCAGAAGUGGGAUACCAGGGAGUAUGAUCGCGGCCCAGAAAAGCCCAGGUGGACGCGGAACGACGAGAAGAAGUACCGAGGGCAUAUCAAUAAGUUCCGAUCGCAGACGGAGAGGCAAGCCUGGGAUCUCGAGAUUCACCGUGACAACAUGCGGAACCUCCGGGAAACUCUUACCACAAUCCGUGAAAAAGCUCGGGAAGAC